UGUUGUGUUGUGGUGGCUGUGUUGUGGAGUUCUCUAUAUCAAUAUACCGAAUAUACCGUGUGUUGUGGGAGACAGAAAUCAAAGUGGGAGGAGACGGAGUGUGCGGGCUUGAUUAGUCUCUUCCGAUUCUGAAUGUCUUUGUAUUACCUUUACCUCAACUAGUUCAAGUUGAAUUAGGGUACCAACUACCAGCACAUGUUUCAUUUUUCUUUGAAAGGUAAGCUUGAGCCUUGCUUGAGCUUGAGCUAUAAGAAAUGAGGCAGCAUGACAAGAGUCCAAGUUGAAGUGACCUGCUUUGUCUGUGACAGAAACUGUCAGUGUCCUGUCUGUCGGCCUGGCAAAUUUCAAUUUGAGGAAGGGAGGAUGUUUGGAGCUAGCUUGAGCUGGCAGUCACUGACAUUAUCAUGACUGAUGAGUCACCAUCUAUGUUUGGCUAAGCCACCAUGUCCCGACCAAAACUUCACAUCCAGCGGAAUGACCUGUUCUGCAAGAACCUUUGUGGUUUCUUUGGAAACCCGCAAUGGGGCGGGUUCUGCUCCAAGUGUUACAAGGAACUAAUACAGUCAAGAUCUGCUCACCAACCUUCCAAUGCAACCUAUAAUGGAGCUGCAAGUUAUGCCAGCAAGCCGACUUUGCCAGUCACCUCUACUGCUGACCCUACGCCCACUAUGUCAGUUGGUCAAGGCUUCAGUGGCUUUGAGGAGAAGAAAAAGAAGUCACUGAAAAUGGGAUUCUUCAAGAAGAAAAUGAAACACACUUCCUCAGACGGUGCCUUGGAUGACGCCGAAUCCUGGCCUGUGGAUGCCUGUCCGGCGCCGGAGGCGGUGUCUCCUCCUGGGCCCUCUGUCCCGGUGUCGCCCGGCUCCUGUACCGCCCUCCGCUGCGAGUCCUGGUCCUGCUCCGAACCGCCGCCAGCUCUGGCCGAGUUCUGUUCCGACCCCGAGCCGCCGCCAGCACUGGCCGCCAGGUCUGUUCCUGAACCAACCUCAUCUGAACCAACUGCUCGUGAGCGACAUACUACUCCUGAACCACCCACGCUGGGGCGGACUGCUCACGAACCGGCUGCUCCUGCUCCGACCGCUCCUGGUCCGGCUGCUCCUGCACCGACCGCUCCUGACCCGCCCACUCCUGAUCCGGCUGCUCCUGCGCCGACCGCUCCUGACCCGCCCACUCCUGACCCGUCCAACGGCGGCCCACCGGUUCCCGGGGCGGCCGGCGGUGUGCCCUCCCCGGUGACCGAGCUCCGCCGCUGUCUGGCCACCCCGGAACUGGGCGGUAUCCGAGACCUGGUGGUCACCUGCCUCCAGCCGCCCUUCUGCCUCUACCUCAAGUACGCCAAGCCGCCCGACUCUGGCCAGCAGCUGCCGCGGACGUCGAACCUCAGCCAGGAGUCGAUCCAGAUCCACAAGGUGCUCACGGAGUUCCUAUCCGGCCUGUCCAAACCGGCCGCCGAGGACGUGCGACGACAGAUGCAGACGAGUAUGGAGAGCUGUAUCAGCGCCGCCGACUCCGCCUCCUCGGACGAAAUGUCUGAGAUCGUUCAGCACUUCUAUAACACCUUCCACGACAGGGUGCACUCGCACUCGGCCUACUACGGCGUCUCCCCGGAGCGUCGCUCGGAGCUGGAGGACCUGGCCGAGCGCUACCUGACCACCCGGCUCUACCGGGUGCUCUUCACGCCGCUGUCGCAGGAGCUCGAGGAGGCCGACCUGGCCGUCCAGAAGCGGAUCCGAUCCCUCUACUGGGUGGGGGUCGAGCUGCUGGAGCUCAACAUCGACGAGACCAACCCGGCCGUCACAGAGCUGGUCGAGCGGGCCAUCACAGACAUUAUCGAGAUGGACAGCAAGCGUACGCCGCAGGACAAGCUGACGUGUGUGUCGGCCUGCGUGAGUCACCUGCUGGAGAUGCUGUGCGUGGGCCGCCAGGGCGAGCCGCCCAGCGCCGACGACCUGCUGCCGGCGCUCAUAUUUGUGGUGCUGCGCGCCAACCCGCCGCGGCUGCAGAGCAACGUGCAGUACGUGACGCGCUUCAGCAGCCAGCAGCGCAUCAUGUCCGGACAGCAGGGAUACGACUUCACCAACCUGUGCUGCGCCGUGUCGUUCAUCGAGUCGAUGGGCGCCGACUCUCUGGGUCUAACGGCCGAGGAGUACGAGCGGUACAUGUCCGGAGAGGUGCUGCCGCCGGCGGCGCACUGGGAGAGCGGACAGUACCGCUGUCAGGCGCUGCGAGUAAUGGAGUCCAACACGGAGACGCUGUCGUCGCUGCAGGAGCGGCAGGCGCGGCUUCUGGCCGAGGAGCAGCAGCUCAGCGACGACAUGAGCAGCUUCUCGGAGAGCGUGACGAACAGCGUGGACGAGUGUCUGGCGGAGAACCCGCUCACGCUGCGGCCCGCGCGCCGGCCGGCGCAGCUGGACUCGCCCUCCUCCGGGCUGGACGGCCUGCCCACGCCGCUGACACCCCAGGUGGUGGGUGCCGCGCCGUCGGCCGCCGGACCGGUGCAGCUGCCGUCGCCGCCGCCCGGCCUGCUGGCGGACGCCCAGGACAGCCUCAGCUCGGUGCUCUCGCUGUCUCAGAUGUCGCUGGAGCCGGCUGGCGGCCCACCCCGGCAGCCGGCGCCGGCCAGCGGGCCGUUCAGCCUGCCGCUGGAGUCGGCGACCCGGCCCGACAGCGGCCCGCGCGGCCUGGACGGGCCGCCGACGGAGCCGGCGCCGGCCCCGCCGUACGCCACCAGUGGGGCGCUGCCGAUCCCGGGCCGGCCCGGCCGGCCGGGGCGCUCGGGCAGCCCGUCGGUCGGCGGCCGGCCGCGCGCGCCGUCGCCGCCGCCGCCCGAGCUGCCGCCGCGCGGCCUCACGCCGUCCGUGCGCAACAUCCCGUCGAUUCCGUGCAGCACGGGCGCCGUGCCGGUGCCGGUGCCGGUGGCGGACGGCUGGGCGGCGCAGCCGAGCCGCCGCCAGGCCGGCUACAGCCCCGGCCGGCGGCCCGCCGAGCUGCCGCGCUCCCUGAGCCACACCUCGGAGCUGGGCGGUCGGCAGGGCGAGGUGCCGCGCUCCCUGAGCUUCCAGCCGGGCCAGGAGGCGGCCACCUCGCCCGCCGGCCGCCGCGUCUCAGUCACACGCAAUGAGGCACUGGCCCAGGAGGCAUUCAGGCACUCUCAGGCGCGGUGUGAGCGGUCGGAGAGCGUGCGCAGUCGUCUCCAGCAGCCGGCGGCCGCCGACCUCAGCGCCGCGGCCGCCGACGACUGGCAGUGGUCGCGCCAGCAGCGCCGCGAGCAGCGCCACUCGGUGCGCGGUGAGAUGGAGCGCCGCUACUCGGUGCAGGCGCCCGGCCAGCAGGAGCGCGCCGCCGCCGCCGCCGCCAACGCCACGGCCGUCCUCAGCGCAGAGUGCGAGGCCGCCAAACAGCGGCCGCCCAAGGCCUCCGACAAGGGCGACAAGCUGGUCAAGGUGCUCAGCGGCAUCUUCAGUCUGACGGACAACUUCUGAGCGCGCGGCGGGCGGGCGGCGCCGCUCGGUGGACCAUUCGCAGACGGCUGGAGGUGAGCGGGCGCGGCGGCACCCACGUACUGGCUUUAAUCGGGGAGCUCCAGUGUGGCUGUCACACUGCCUAGCCGAGUGAUUCAUCCUAGUCCGAAUACCGUGCGGCUGGCAGCAGAAUGCGGGUACGAUUCGACUAUGCUGCCGCUCUAUGGGAUUGAUCGUAUGUCCAUGUGCCGAGAUAGGCCUAAUAUUGUUAACCGUAUCGUCUCCCAUUCUGUGUCGCCCUCCUCAGCCGCUGAACAAACCAUCUCUGACUCGACGCCUGGGGUACCGUGGAACGAUCGACACUCCUAAGGGGCUGGUCCGCCGCGCUAGGGCAUAUGCAAUGCAUCUCUUGGUCGGGAUCUAUCACUGAAUGGCGCUGAGCGACAGCGAGCUACAAUGGGGAGCUGAUUCGCGAAAUGUGAUUCCGGGUAGUCAUAAGCGUUGUUAAUUGUUGUAUAUGGGCAUAUUGAAUUGUGAAGUGUAUAUUGUUGGGAGAAUUGGAGUAGUACAUCCCUAUCGCGCGGCGGGUUAUCCGCCUUUUUAUGGCCGGGCUGCUUCGGUGGCCAGAGUUCCACAUAGCUGACUGUGAGGACGUGGAUGCUGAUUGAUUUUAUUAUUUACUACAUGUGCAUGUAACGCGAGGCGAACAAUAAACAGCAAUUUGUC